CUAGGGGGCAGUGUGGGCCGGGACGUAGUGCGUGUGCAGCGCAUGCGCAGCAGAGUCAUGGUGUGUGCUCAGUUCCUGGUGCGGUGCUAUGAGGUCCUCACUGCUGCUGCUGUCCCUGCUGUCGCUCCUGUCCGGCCCGUGGAUCGAGCUAGGGAAUGGCCAGGUGACAGGCAUGGUUCAGCUACCAGGCGGGAGAUUCCAGAUGGGAACCAAUUCACCAGAUGGCAGAGAUGGUGAAGGACCUGUCCGGGAGGUGACAGUAAAACCUUUUGCCAUCGACAUAUUUCCUGUCACCAACAAAGAUUUCAGGGAGUUCGUCAGGGAGAAAAAGUACCGGACAGAGGCCGAGGCAUUUGGGUGGAGCUUUGUCUUUGAGGACUUUGUCUCUGAGGAGCUUAGAAGCAAAGCGACUCAGCAGAUGAAGCCUGUUCUCUGGUGGCUUCCAGUGGAAAGGGCGUUCUGGAGGCAGCCUGCAGGUCCCGGCUCCGGCAUCCGAGAGAGACUGGAGCUCCCCGUGGUACACGUAAGCUGGAAUGACGCGCGGGCCUACUGUGCGUGGCAGGGGAAGCGGCUGCCCACCGAGGAAGAGUGGGAGUUUGCUGCCCGAGGGGGCUUACAGGUGCUGUCUCCUUGCCCUCCCGCAGGCCAGGCUUAUCCCUGGGGAAACAAGUUCCAGCCAAACCGCACCAACCUGUGGCAGGGGAAGUUCCCCAAGGGUGACAAGGCUGAGGACGGCUUCCACGGGGUCUCCCCAGUGAACGCGUUCCCCCCGCAGAAUAACUACGGCCUCUACGACCUCGUGGGCAACGUGUGGGAGUGGACAGCGUCACCGUACCAGGGCGCAAGCCAGGAUAUGCGUGUCCUCCGGGGGGCAUCCUGGAUCGACACGUCCGACGGCUCUGCCAACCACCGGGCCCGGGUCACCACCAGGAUGGGCAACACUCCAGAUUCAGCGUCUGACAACCUGGGCUUCCGCUGUGCUUCCGACAUAGGCCGACUGCCUGGGGAGCUGUGAGCACCCACACGCAGCCAAGAAGAGUGCCCCAUGGUGUCCAUGCCACUCGCUGGCCACCUUUCAAACAGCCAAGGUCUUCAACGUCCACCUUCCCCUCCUCCACCCCUUGACAGGCACCUCUCACCUGGUGGGCAGGUGGGCAGGUGGGCGGGAGAGGCCUCUCCCCUCAGGGGAGACCACGUGUCUUGGAGAAGGGCCCCAGCUCACUGACUGUGGCUGGGAGCGGGGUGUUUUUAAUUAGAGGUCAAAGAUCACCCGUACCAUUGGGGCAGAGCCCUCUUCAAGGCAGUUUGUUAAAGCCAUUUUAAGUCUGCUCCCUCCCCCUUUCUCGAUGCCUGAUUCGGGGACCUGACAUCGUCUCUCAGGGCAGAAUUUCCCCAGUUCUCUGUUUGCCCAGCAAAUUGCUGUGGAAGGGAAAGGCUUCCUGCAUUCGUGGAGUGUUUCUGAGUGCCUCUGAAGGAACUUGGUUUCCGCUCUCUGUAUGUGAAAUGGAGAAGCGUGGGCUCUUUAACGCGCAGUCCAGUCCUCACAGGGCAUUUGCCAGGCCAAACCGUGCCUCCUGCGAGUCACAAAGUAAAUGAUGCUCCACAAAGACAAA